AUGAAGAGAACACUAGAAGUCAGAGAAAAUAAGAUAAAUGAAGAAGACUUACCAGAGGAGUGCUAUCAUGGGCUUGAGGAUUUACCCUGGACCCUGAACUCACUGGAGCAGUUACUGUAUAUCAGUCUGCCAGCAUGGAUACAAAGAGCUCUUCUUUGUAACUUAGCUGAGAGGUUUGGAAUCUGGACCUUUCAUAAUAACAUCCUGCCGUGUCGUCUCAUAUCCUACACCCUACUGCCAUACACUCUGCCUGCUUCAGCUGUCUUCUCAUUCAUCCAUAGAUUGUUGUGCUGGGUGAAGGAAAUUCCCCACCAGGUACUGAAUGCAGGCAGGGAAUUCAAACAUGAAGUGAUCACAUAUCUGCGGUUAGUCUUUGCGCACUUGAGAGGACUGUUGCUGAACAGAUUCCUGCUUUUGCAAAUUCCAACACUGCACCCAACGCUUGCUCUGUUUCUCUCACCCUGGUCCUUUUUCCCAUCUCUUCCUUUUACUUUCCUUCCUUGGUCCUCUUUUCCUUUACUUUCUCUGGCUUUGCGUUUUCUGCGGUGUCUCUCCACUUCAACCUCGAAGAAGCAGCCGGAGCGCAGGAGCCAGACUCAGCCUCUCUGGUCUAGACGGCGAUCUCUCCUCUGCUUCCAGCUCACCGGAUCCGGCAGUUUUCACAGAAAUACAGCUGACAUCCUUGCAGAUGCAGAGUCCCAAUCUUCAGCCUUCCUCCUGUGGCUCAACCUAGAGUUAGAAAUGGACAGCCAUCCUGAAGCACUACAGCUUCAGAAGGACCGUCUAGAUUGUGAGGGAAGUUUAUUACUAGGCACAGAAGUAGAUGAGAAUCUCACUUCCCCUGUUAUGUCUGACAUGGAUAUACAAGAAGAAGACUGA